AUGGAAACGGGCUGCACUAAAAUUAUAUCUUAUAUACUGUGCAUUGCUUUCACUCUGCAAAAAGAAGACAGCGAAACUUUGUCACGUGCACCAAAAAGAAACGAAAGUGCCAGGCGCGGGCAUCCAAAUCUGCAGGCAAAAAAAGAAGAAAAAAAAUUCUUUCCUCUUCCUCUUCUUUUUAGAUACUUGAUCACAUUAGUUCGAAAAGACAAUAUGACUGAUUUAGCACAGCAAAUGAACAACCUUUCGGUGAACGGCUCAGGCGAAAAUGCCUCCUCCGGAAAAUCCCAAUAUGUUCCUCCACACCUCAGAAACAGACAAGGUUCUAGACAACCAUCUAGCGGCCGUGAUUUUUCUGACUCUGAUUCAGGAUUUGGUGGCCGCCGUUCAGGCGGAUUCAGCAACGGCGGCGGAUACAACUCUGGACGUCGUUCCAAUGGCUUUGGUGGCGGUAGAGACUUCGGCGGCAGAAGCGGUGGAAGAGGUCCCCGUGUUGGCGAAGGUUCUUGGGUUGAUGGCAAACACGUGCCAGCAGCCAAAAACGAGAGAAUGGAGAUCGAGUUGUUCGGCACACCAGAAGACUCUUCGUUCCAAUCCUCCGGUAUCAACUUUGACAACUACGACGACAUCCCAGUGGAGGCUACUGGAGAGGGUGUCCCAGAGCCCAUCACUUCUUUUGAAGCUCCACCAUUGGACCCAUUGUUGGUUGAAAACAUCACUUUGUCCAGAUUUACCAAACCUACUCCCGUGCAGAAAUACUCCGUGCCUAUUGUUUGCAACAAGAGAGAUUUGAUGGCAUGUGCCCAAACAGGUUCCGGUAAAACAGGUGGUUUCUUGUUCCCAGUUUUAUCUGAGUGUUUCAUGAGCGGUCCUGCUCCUCAACCAGAGCCAACUGGAGCUUUCUCUUUCAACAAGGUUUACCCUACUAUUUUGAUUAUGGCUCCCACCAGAGAAUUGGUUUCCCAGAUUUUCGAGGAAGCCAAGAAGUACUGUUACAGAUCCUGGGUCCGUCCUGCCGUUGCUUACGGUGGUGUUGACAUUGGACAACAAAUUAGAACUUUGCAAAGAGGAUGUGAUUUGUUAGUUGCUGCUCCAGGUCGUUUGACUGACUUGUUGGAAAGAGGCCGUGUAUCCUUGUGCAACGUCAAAUACUUGGUUUUAGAUGAAGCCGACAGAAUGUUGGAUAUGGGUUUUGAACCACAGAUCAGACACAUUGUCCAAGAGUGUGACAUGCCAGAUGUUCAAGACAGACAAACAUUGAUGUUCUCUGCCACUUUCCCAAGAAAUAUCCAAAUGUUGGCUAGGGACUUUUUGAAGGAUUACGUUUUCUUGUCUGUGGGCAGAGUCGGUUCGACUUCCGCUAACAUUACCCAAAAGGUGUUGUUGGUUGAAGAUGAUGAAAAGAGAUCUGUUAUCUUGGACUUGUUGAGCGCUGCUGACAAUGGUUUGACCAUUGUGUUUACCGAAACUAAGAGAAUGGCUGACUACUUGGCUGAUUUCUUGUACGAUCAAGGAUUCCCAGCCACUGCUAUCCACGGUAACAGAACCCAAUACGAAAGAGAGAAGGCUUUGGCUGCAUUCAAGAAUGGUACUGCUCCAAUCUUGGUUGCUACCGCUGUUGCUGCUAGAGGUUUGGAUAUUCCAAACGUCCUGCAUGUCAUCAACUACGACUUGCCAAGUGACAUUGAUGACUAUGUGCAUAGAAUUGGUCGUACCGGUCGUGCUGGUAAUACUGGUAUUGCCACUUCUUUCUUCAACAGAAACAACAAGAACAUCGUGAAGGACAUGAUUGCCUUGUUGAGUGAAGCCAACCAAGAGAUUCCAGACUUCUUAGUCAAGAUUAGCAGAGAAUCUUCCUUCGGAGGCGCCCGUGGUGGUGCCCGUGGCCGUGGUAGCAUGGGUGGAAGACCAGGUGGAUCUAGAGACUUUAGAAGACAAGGUGGUGGUGGAUAUGGUGGAUCUUCUGCAAGCUCAUGGGGCAGCAGCAACAGCAACAACUGGGGCAGCGAUAACAGCAGCUCUAGAGGUGGUUACUCUUCUAACUACGGUAACCAGUCCCAAAGCACUUCCUGGUGGUAG